GGCGGGACGCGGUGACGCUCGGCGGAGGCGCCGGAACUACCGGCGGUGGCGGCAGCAUGGGGAAGCAGAAGAAGGCGCGGAAGUACGCGGUGAUGAAGCGCAUGAUCAGCCUGCGGGACCAGCGCAUCAACGAGAAGGAGCGGGCGAAAGCCCCCGCCAAGAAGAAGAAGGAGGACCCGAGCGCCAUCAAGGAGCGGGAGGUCCCCCAGCAUCCGUCCUGUCUGUUCUUCCAGUACAACACGCAGCUCGGGCCUCCGUACCACAUCCUGGUUGACACGAACUUCAUCAACUUCUCCAUCAAAGCCAAGCUGGACCUGGUGCAGUCCAUGAUGGACUGCCUCUACGCCAAGUGUAUUCCAUGUAUCACGGAUUGUGUAAUGGCUGAAAUUGAGAAGCUAGGACAGAGGUAUCGUGUGGCAUUAAGAAUUGCCAAGGACCCUCGGUUUGAACGCUUGCCGUGUACGCACAAAGGAACUUAUGCUGAUGACUGCUUGGUACAAAGAGUCACUCAGCACAAAUGCUACAUAGUGGCCACAGUGGAUAAAGAGCUCAAGAGGAGAAUACGAAAAAUCCCAGGAGUGCCUAUAAUGUAUAUUUCCAGGCACAGAUAUAAUAUUGAGAGGAUGCCAGAUGAUUACGGAGCUCCUCGAUUCUAACCUCUCCAGCCAAGCCAUGAAUGCCAGGACUCUGAGCCAGGAUAAGGGUCCUUCUGUUCCCAACCCUCCUGCUUUCUUUUUUGCUGGGACCCUGCUCAUAGGAUUGUGGGUGAUACUGGACUGACUUCAUAGCCUUGAUCUUCUAAGAAAAAGCUAUUUGUAGGAGUCUUUUUUUAUUCAUCCUUGUUCUGACUGCACCUGAUAACCUACAGCUGGGAAAAUGAUAUGGGAACAAGAGGACUCUACGGCCAAGAAUAUGCCUAACUCCCUCUUCAUUUUCAUGUUGGGAUUAUUCAAAAAGGUGAUUUCAGCAUUCUGAAGUAAAUAUUGGUGAUGGUCCAGUUAUGACUGAGAAUGGAACCGCAGAAGUAUUAGAAGUUUCUUAUUUCUCCAUCUGCAGCAGCAUGAGUAUUUCCCUGAGAAACUCCCUCACAUCUGUCCCACAAGGAAAUUGGAACCUGCAUUCUGAAGGAAAGCCAUCAAGUCUACACCAGUAGGCUGCCUUCUCUGGACCAGUGGUCUGAAAAAUUUUAAUUUUGGGUUGAUGGGCUUUUAUUCAACUGUAUCUCAAUACAAUGAAUGAAAUCAA